GUCUCAUUUCUACUCAGUCUCCUCCUCCUCCCACCUCUCCUUCCUACACCUUUGCUGGAGCGACAAUUCUAACUUGCCGUACUUAACUUUCGUUCGUUCGCUCGAUGCCACAUACGUCUUAGUUGUUUGGUUAUGGGCUCCUCUGUGUUGGUGCUAACCUAUGCCGUUUGAAGUUGGACUGGUCUCUUGAGAGUGGACUAAUCUAUAGAUUUUCGCAACACUGUUGUUGGAAUUUGAUUACCAAAGGUGUAGAUAUUGGUAUUCCGCACAUUGUUUGGGUAAUCUUUUUAGUUUAAUCUCUGUUAAUCACUUGAACUUUAUACAAAUUACCCAUCCCACACACACACCAAGGAUAAAUUCAGGUGUAAGUUAUGCUGAAAAAGUGGAUUUCUUGGAGUGACGGCAACUCAAGCUUUUUGCGGGCAGCGCGGGAUGGGAAUUUGUCAGAAGUGUUGGAAUACCUGAAAGGUAGCACCGAUAUCAAUACCAGUAAUUCAAAUGGCCUCAACGCACUCCACCUCGCUUCUAAGGAAGGCCAUAUUAAUAUUGUCACAGAAUUACUGCGAAGAGGAGCAAAUGUUGAAGCAGCAACUAAGAAAGGGAAUACAGCCCUACACAUCGCCUCAUUGGCUGGUCAUGAGGAAAUUGUCAAAAUCCUCGUACAGAAUGGUGCCAAGGUCAACGUACAAUCAAUGACCGGAUUCACACCAUUGUACAUGGCAGCACAAGAAGGCCAUUCUGAAGUGGUCAAGUUUCUCUUGGACAACGGGGCUAGCCAGAGCCUUGCCACUGUGGAUGGUUUCACUCCACUUGCUGUAGCACUACAACAAGGGCAUGAUAAGGUUGUAGCUGUUCUCCUAGAACAUGACACCAAAGGCAAAGUUCGCCUGCCAGCCUUACAUAUCGCUGCUAAAAAAGAUGACAUUGGAUCAGCAAACCUUUUGCUUCAAAAUGACCACAACGCUGACAGUUCUACCAAGAGUGGUGGGUUGGUUAAUGACACAACUAAGAGUGGUUUCACACCAUUACACAUCGCUGCACAUUAUGGCAAUGUCAACGUUGGUACUCUACUUAUUCAAAAGGGUGCAGACGUCAACUACAAAGCUAAGAACAACAUCACCCCUCUACAUGUGGCAUCUCGCUGGGGUAAGUCAAAUAUGGUCAUUCUUCUCUUAGACCACGACGCCACCAUUGAAGAAAGAACUCGGGAUGGAUUAACACCGCUGCAUUGCGCAGCCAGGAGUGGCCAUGAGAAUGUAGUUGACCUGCUCUUAGAGAGAGGCGCACCGUUUUCCGCAAAAACAAAGAAUGGUCUUACGCCUCUACAUAUGGCAGCCCAAGGAGACCACGUUGACUGUGCACGCUUACUUCUGUACCACAAAGCUCUUGUCGAUGAUGUAACUGUGGAUUAUUUAACUCCUCUACAUGUUGCUGCCCAUUGUGGAAAUGUCAAAACAGCCAAGCUGUUAUUGGACAGGAAAAGUGACCCAAAUGCAAGAGCCCUGAAUGGUUUCACCCCAUUACACAUCGCAUGCAAAAAAAACCGCAUAAAGGUGGUGGAACUGCUUCUCAAAUAUGAUGCCUCUAUUGAAGCUACUACUGAGUCUGGACUCACCCCAUUGCAUGUUGCAUCCUUCAUGGGUCACAUGAAUAUAAGCAUCUACCUGAUCCAACAUAAUGCCAACCCAGACUACCCAACCGUUCGAGGGGAAACUGCUCUCCAUCUUGCUGCCAGAGCCAACCAGACUGACAUCAUUCGCAUACUUCUGCGAAACGGAGCCACCGUUGAUGCUAAAGCCAGAGAACAACAAACACCACUUCACAUUGCCGCACGUCUGGGUAAUGUAGACAAUGUCGUUCUACUUCUACAACAUGGUGCCAGUCCAAAUGCAACAACAAAAGAUCUAUACACACCACUGCACAUUGCUGCUAAAGAAGGACAUGAAGAAGUGGCUGCAGCUCUUCUAGAUCAGGGAGCUGAUCACAGCCUCACCACCAAAAAGGGAUUCACUCCACUGCACAUUGCAGCCAAAUACGGAAACAUCAAAGUCGCUCGCCUGCUAUUACUGAAAAAUGCUGAACCUGAUGUGCAGGGCAAGAAUGGACUAACACCUCUUCACGUUGCCACUCACUACAAUCAUGUGAACGUAGCUCUUCUCCUGCUUGACAAUAAAGCUUCACCUCAAGCCAUGGCUAAGAAUGGCUAUUCACCACUCCAUAUUGCUGCUAAGAAAAAUCAAAUGGACAUUGCUACAACUUUACUGGAGUUUGGAGCCAACCCAGCUGCCGGGUCAAAGAACGGCUUCACACCUCUCCACCUUGCCUCACAAGAGGGUCACACUGAUAUGGUCUCCUUGUUACUGGAACACAAAGCAAAUGUUAAUGAUAAAGCAACCAAUGGACUGGCACCUAUUCACCUGGCUGCCCAAGAAGAUAAAGUUAAUGUGGCUGAAGUCUUGGUUAAAUUUGGCUCGGAGAUUGACCCUCAAACAAAGGCUGGUUACACUCCACUGCACACUGCCUGCCACUUUGGACAAACAAAUAUGGUACGAUUCCUGCUUGACCACAAUGCAUCAGUCAGCUCUACAACUAAGUUGGGUUACACACCACUUCACCAAGCGGCUCAGCAAGGCCAUGUGAUGGUUAUCAAUUUACUUCUCAAGAACAAAGCAUCUCCCAAUGCUGUAACUAAUACUGGCCAAACAGCACUAUCAAUUGCACAGCGUUUGGGCUAUAUUUCGGUGGUUGAUACGCUGAAAAAUCUGACCGAGGUGACGGAAACACUACCUGCGAUUGAAGACAAGUAUAAAGUAGUUGCCCCAGAAACCAUGACUGAGACAAUGUUAUCAGACUCAGAAGAUGAAGGGGACGAUCUCAUGCCUCAAUCACCUGUGUUUGGAAAGCCCUUGUCAGAGCAACAUGUCUAUUUGCCUUAUUACGAAGGACAAACUCUCCAAAUGCGUGAAGAUACCAUCUCCAUUGAAAAGGGUGACAUUACUUCACCCCUUGAUCUCUCUUUUGACAAGGACUUGCGUAAAGUUCGAGCGACUUCUCAGGAAGCUCGCACUCGUGACAUUAGCCCUGGCCUGGCAUACCCCAAGUACCUGGAAAAGGGUCCCGACUACGAAGCAGAGAUGAUAUACUACAGUGGAGAUGUGUUAUCACCUCAAGAAAAGCACCAGCAGGGUCACGACAGUGUCAUUGCUAAUGGAUUCUCAACCCUAGACCAACUAUCCCCAUCCCUCGAAAGGGACCGUUUGUCAACGUGUGAUAAAGAUUCUGCUUUCGAUAGAGAAUCCAUUCUGGGUAGACAUUCUCCAUACCCACAACAAGCCGAACUGGCAUACGCGAGGAACGUGUCCUCACGACCUCCUACUUCUUUGGGCAGCUACAUUGAUGAUGAAAAUCUGAGCUAUGUUGAUGACAUAGAUUCGUCAUCUUUACAGAAAGGAGAUUACUUUGCUGAAGACAUAUAUGCCCGGGAAUCAUUUCGCUAUGGCCGAGAGGCUGGCCCGGUGUAUCGCGACACCAUGAUCAGUCAAUCAGUGGCACCGCGCACUGAAGCCGUGGUCUAUCAAGGAGAAUUGACCGGUAGCAUUGCCACCGACACUGGAAGUGACUUCAGAUUUCUACCGGACGAUUCUAUACCCAAGCAACAAGACUACCUUGAACACCAGAUUAUUAGUCAUACAUAUGCUAGUCAUCCUGAUAACCGUUAUCUGAACAACACAAUGGAGAGUUCUCGUUAUAGUUCGUACAGUGGCUCUUCCUUCAACACAAGUUUUGACCCCGAUAACGUGGCUGUUGACCGCACCCCAACUUACUCAGGCAAACUAAAAUGGAAAAGUUUCCUGGUCAGUUUUAUGGUGGAUGCCCGCGGUGGGGCCAUGCGGGGUAGCCGUCACUCCGGAGUACGUAUCAUCAUUCCACCUCGGAAAGCAUACAUGCCCACAAGAGUAACCUGCAAGCUGAUUAAAAGAGAAAAAUUAAGCCAUCCGCCUCCCCUCAAUGAAGGUGAGGCACUUGCUAGCCGCAUUCUCGAGAUGGGGCCUGUUGGAGUCAAAUUUCUUGGUCCUGUCAUCAUUGAAGUCCCUCAUUUUGCCUCACUUCGUGGAAAGGAAAGAGAAAUAGCCAUCAUCCGUUGUGAUGAUGGAGAGAAAUGGACAGAACAUCCCAUACUAGCAACAGAGGAAGCGGUUAAUGACACUCUUAAUGGAAGUUUCGAAGGUCAAAAUUCCUCUGCGUCCAGUCUGUGGAAAUUGGACCAAGAAGAUGAACUAGUUGCCAAGCGUAUAACACGCAUUCUAACAACAGAUUUCCCCAUGUACUUCGCGAUUGUUACUCGCGUACGUCAAGAAAAUCAGACAAUUGGCUUUGAAGGUGGAAUGCUCAGUUCCACAGUUGUCCCUCAAGUCCAAACCAUAUUCCCUGAAGGAGCAUUAACCAAGAAAAUCCCUGUUGGUCUCCAGGCUCAGCCCAUUGCUCCAGAACUUGUCGCCAAGAUGCUCGGCAACCGCGUGGCUGUCAGUCCUAUUGUUACAGUGGCACCACGCCGCCGUAAGUUCCACAAGCCUAUAACCCUCACUAUACCAGUUCCGAGGGCUGCACAGAAAGGGAUGAUAAAUCAAUAUGGUGGUGAAGCACCAACUCUUCGUCUACUAUGCAGUAUUUCCGGUAAGCGAGGAACGACCCCAGCUGUUUGGGAAGAUAUCACUGCCAGCACCCAACUUACAUUUGUAAAUGACUGUGUUUCAUUCACAACAACUGUUUCAGCUAGGUUCUGGUUGAUGGAUUGUCAAAAUGUGAAUGAAGCAAGUCGAAUGGCCACCGAACUCUACCAAGAAGCAGUGGUUGUACCUUUCAUGGCCAAGUUUGUCAUAUUCGCCAAGCGGCAUGCUCCUGAAGAGGGGAAACUGCGAAUGUUUUGUAUGACUGACGACAAGAUUGACAAAACUCUAGAAAAACAAGAAAAGUUCACCGAAGUCGCUCGGAGCCGAGAUGUUGAAGUGCUGCAAGGACGACCACAGUAUGUGGAGAUGGCUGGCAAUCUAAUACCUGUCACCAAAUCUGGUGAUCAGCUGUACGUCCAUUUCCGAGCAUUCCGAGAAAACCGCCUUCCCUGUACGGUGAAGGUUCGUGAUCUAGACCAAGAGGCAGCUGCUCGUGUGGCUUUCAUGAAAGAACCGAAAGUAGCACGGGGUGAGGCACCUCAAUCUCCCAUCUGUAACCUCAACAUUGUACUGCCUGAUGUAUCCAAGGCCGAUUCAACAGAAAUCACUUCAGAGGAAGCUCUUGAAGUUCGAAAACGGCACAGUCUUCUUAGAGAACACGGAAUUGUUCUCCAAGAUACCAUCAGUCGAGCCCAGAUGAAAAUAGUGGACGUUGCCGACACACUGCAAGGUGAUUGGGUGAUGCUGGCCCAACAGCUAGACAUCACAAUGUCGGAGAUUAACAAGAUCAAAACAGAUUACAACACAGUCAAUGAUCAAGCUUUGGCUAUGCUACAUCUCUGGGUGGAGAAGAAUGGCGAAAAAGCAUCAGGUAAUGCAUUAGAAAAAGCAUUGAUACGCAUCAAUCGUGAAGAUGUAGUGAAGAAAUGCAUGUACGAUGUUGUAACAGUUGAGGAUGAAGUUGAUAUGGCAGCUGGGAGAGUUGCCAUGGAUCAGUCAGGCUUUGAUACUUUCAAGGAAGAAGUGGGUAUAUCUCGGGACUCCUCAAUGAAAAGAGGCAUCUCAUUAGAUGUCUCCUAUGAUGAACAAGACAUGAUCAAGGAAUCUGAGUCUGCAGAGGAAUCGGGCAGUGAUGCUGACACCGAAAGGCACCGAAUAGCUAAAGCACCUCCCCCGCCAGCAGCAAUGAGCCAGGAUGAAGUAUUGGUUAAGCAUGUGGACCACAGGCGUCCAGAAGCUGCACCCGUUGCUGAGUCUAGUGUGGAUGAUACUGACCGCAAAAAAAAUGCCUUCGUUGAAUUUGCUAGACAAAUGGAUGAACUAAGUGACAUGGAAGAAACCAUUAAACCAGUUGCCACUUCUGAACAAGAUGAAAAACCGUCUAUCACUGAAGAAACUAUAGUAAGUAGAGUGAAGGGAGCUGGGACUGUGACGUCAGUCAUCACCAAAACCGUUGUCACAGAAACAGUCGCUAAGGAAGCUAUUGUCAAAGACGAAGCCCCAGAAGUGAUGGCUCCGUGUGUGGACGUUGCUGAUUCAAGAUCAUCAAGCGGCAGCUCUAUCUGCGACAAAGAACAACAAGAAAUUUUACCUCAAACUAAGACUCCUCCACCUUCACCAACUGAAACGUCUACAUCAGAGCUUGUUAGCCAUAGAACUACUGAACUUGCACAAGCAAGAGACCGACUUUCUGAAGAAAUGGAGAGUAACCAACACACGCCAUCAGCGACGGCCCGUCUUGCUGUGGCGGGGAAAACACCCACCAUAACUAUCACCGAGGACAGCAGCAGCCCCCAUCAUGACGAUGAUGAAGAAAGCGAUGAUUAUCUCCGCUUUAUCGAAAAGCAUCAGCAAAAAAUGCAACAGCAACAACAACAAGCUGCUGCUGCUGUUGCCAAAGCAGGUCAAGAGCCAACCACCACGACCACCACCACAGUGUCUUCUGAAGGCCAUGGGGAAGAAUCAGAUGAUGAGAGUGAGGGUAAAACAAGAUCAGUCGCUUCUAUUAUUCAAAUGUUUGAGCAAACAUCUGACACUGCUUUGCAAAGUUCGGCUACAGACAUUGUUCGUGAAGUCCAGAAAUCAGCACAGGCAACGUUACGCAAAGAAUCUAAAGAAUUCACAAAGCAAGACUCUUCUGAGUGGGUUGUUAUUGACAACAGCGAUCUUGAUGGCUUUGAUGCAGAAAAGUUGCCAUCAGCCAAUGGUACUUAUGUUGAAACAGAAGAUUCUGCUCCAAAGGUAGAAGAAUGGGUAAAAGUCUCUGCUGUCAAAGAGAAAUUUGAAGACAAAAUUAAGAAUGGCUCCAUGUCUGAAAAAACUAUUAUACGUGAAGCUACCAAAGUUCAUACAAGUACUUUAGCAAAACAUAAAGCUUCAGAGAAAGCUGAUGAUAUUGAUCAACCUUACGGUGUCCCAGAACCGCCCGACGCCCACUUUAAGACUCCUUCAGAUGAUGAAAAUCUUGAUUUUUCUGAGAAAUUGAAAAUGUUUACUGGUAAACAUGCCCAAAAUUAUUAUGUCACAACUCAAGCUGAUGAGUUAUUAAGCUCCGAUGAAGAAACACCAGACACUACCUCUAAAGGAAGUGAAAGGUCAUACCAAACUGCAUCUGAAACGAGUGAAAUCCGAUCUGAAACUGUAAAAGUGUCUUCUGCAGGAGAGCAAAAAAGUGAAGUCAUUGAAGAACGACGCGAAAGCACUUCAUCACUGAUUGCUAAGUUUGAAGAAGUUACAAAUCGUGAAAAGUCAUUAAAGAAAGAGGAUAGCAAAGAGACAGUACAAAAAGAAGUGACAAAAUCUUGGAAAACUGAUUCUUCUCAAAGUGCAGUCCAGGAGGAAAAGGAAAGUCACGUAUUCCAAGAGAAAAAAGAAAGCAUUUCUUCAGAAAGCGAAACUCCUGAUUUGAAGGAAGUUCACAAAGAUAGUAAAGAAACUGUAUCAUCAGUUGAGAAGAGCUUCAAGACUGAAACAACAGAAAUGAAACAGAAAGUAGAAUAUUCUGUAGAUGAUGGCAAAGUAAAAGAGAUCUUCACUUCUGAAGAUAGCCAAAUUUUAUCAUCUAAGACUUUGGACAAAACCAUAUCCUCACUCGAUAAAGAUAUCUCACCAGAACUUAAGGAUAAAUCACCUUCACCAGAACCUCAGCUGAAAUCACAUUUACCUGAGGCUAAGGAGAAAACUCCCUCACCAGAGCCCCAACUUAAGUCUCCUUCACCAAAACCUAAAGAGAAAUCUCCUUCACCAGAACCUAAGGAGAAAUCUCCUUCACCACAACCUAAAGAUAAAUCUCCUUCACCAAAACCUAAAGAUAAAUCUCCUUCACCUCUUCAGCUAAAGUCAAAGUCUCCCUCACCAGAACCUAAAGAAAAGACCCCAUCACCACCUCACGUGAAAUCAAAGUCUCCCUCACCACCUCACCUAAAGUCAAAGUCUCCCUCACCAGAACCUAAAGAUAAGUCUCCCUCACCAUCUCACCUAAAGUCAAAGUCCCCUUCACCAGAACUUAAAGAUAAGUCUCCUUCACCAAAGUUACAACUUAAGUCUUCUUCACCAAAACCUAAAGAUAAGACUCCCUCUCCACCUCACCUCAAGUCAAAGUCCCCCUCACCACCUCACCUAAAGUCAAAAUCUCCCUCGCCCGAACCUAAAGAUAAGUCUCCCUCACCACUUCAGUUAAAGUCAAAAUCUCCCUCACCAGAAAUCAAAGACAAGUCUCCUUCACCACUCCACCUUAAGUCAAAGAGUCCUUCACCAGAUCUGAAAGAGAAGACUCCCUCUCCACCUCACCUCAAGUCAAAGUCCCCUUCACCAUCUCACCUAAAGUCAAAAUCUCCCUCGCCCGAACCUAAAGAUAAGUCUCCCUCACCACUUCAGUUAAAAUCAAAAUCUCCCUCGCCUGAACCUAAAGAUAAGUCUCCCUCACCACUUCGGUUAAAGUCAAAGUCUCCCUCACCAGAACCUAAAGACAAGUCUCUUUCACCACUCCACCUUAAGUCAAAGAGUCCUUCACCAGAACUUAAAGAGAAGACUCCAUCACCACUUCGCCUAAAGUCAAAAUCUCCCUCACCAGAACCUAAAUCAAAGACUCCCUCACCACUUCAAAAGUCAAAGUCUCCUUCACCGGACCCUAAAGAUAAGGCCCCUUCACCACUUCACCUGAAGUCAAAGAGUCCGUCACCAGAACUUAAAGGGAAGACUCCAUCACCACCCCACCUAAAGUCAAAGUCUCCCUCACCAGACCUUAAAGAUAAGUCUCCCUCCCCACUUCACCUAAAGUCAAAGCUUCCCUCACCACCUCACCUGAAGUCAAAGUCUCCCUCACCAGAAUCUAAAGGGAAGACUCCCUCACCAGAGCCUAAAGAGAAAACUCCAUCACCACCACACAUAAAGUCAAAGUCCCCAUCACCAGAACCUAAAGCUAAGUCCCCCUCUCCACCACGUCUGAAAUCAAAGUCUCCCUCACCAGAACCUAAAGAGAAGAUUCUCUCACCAGAACCUCAACUCAAGUCUCCUUCACCAGAACCACAGCUGAAAGCACCUUCCCCAGAGCCUCAGGCCUCUGAAAUUUGUCCUAAGCCCUAUGAUGAAGAAGAUUUUGAAAUUAUUGAGCAGGAGGAAAUUUUGGAAGCCAAGAUUUCCUUAGAGCGCCAGACACCGUUCGAACCAGCUGCUAUUGAUCUUUCAUCAACUGACAAGGUUUGUCCUCCAAAAGAACACGGAGCUGAGCCACCAGAUGAUGGCCUUCAGACACAACUAGAAGAAGAACCUCACAAAGAUACUGAUUAUGAAAUCUCAAGGAGAGAAGUUUUUUUAGAAAAGGAAUCUCGCAGUUUCUAUACAUCGAAACCCGAGCCAUCUAAAGACAUAAUCUCAAGCAAAUUAGUUGACAAGGAUGUGCACACCAUUGUCUCCACAACCUCUAUCAAGGAAGUGUCAACAACCAUCUCUGAACACACAACCAAAGUAAUUGAAGAUGAAGAUAAGGAAAGCACAACUAUAUCUAGUGAGGAAGAUUUUCUUUCAAAAAACGAGAUGCGAUCUCCUGUAUGUGAUGACAUACAGGAGAGUAAAGUAGUAGAAAGUGUACCUGCUGACAGUGUUAAGGUUUCACCUGUGGAGCAGAAAAUUACUAGAAAAUCAUCGUCUGGUGAACUGUUUGAGAUCUCUCGACAGGAAGAAAAAAUGAUUAUAGACUCUCCAGAGAAACUAGAAAUUCAUGACUGGCAGACUUCAGCACCAGAAGCUACUGAACGAUUUGACAGACAGGCUGAAUCUAUGUCUGAUGAGAGUUUAGUAGAGGUUCAGCUGGAUGCUUUAAAGGAAGAUAUUAGAGAAAAAGUGCUUGAAGAAACCCAAGAAAGAUCUGUCAGAAGAUUACAACAAUUACAGGAUGUUUCAGAUGAGGAAUCAGAUGAAAUAUUUACUCACACUGAUCAAAGAACAAAAGAGGAAUUCACUGAGAGGUCAUAUGAAGACUCCAAGAAAAAGGCAUCCUCAACAGAGUCCCCGGGAUUAUCACCAACAGCAGACCAUCUUAAAAAAGAUCUGGGUGACCGAACAGAGAUAACUUAUGAAUUCCCUGUACAAGAAGACUUAUCAUCAGAUGAAGGAUCCAAAGGUAGUUCUCUAGAUUUGUUCCUGACACAUGAAAAGAGCUGUCAGGAGGAAGAAGAACACUAUACCUCACACAAAGAUCAACCCUCCGUUACUCAUGAACGACAGGUUUCCACAGUAACAUCAGAAUAUAAAACAUCAAGUACAUCUGAAAUGAUAGAAGAAAGUGUCAGCAAAGAAGAGAAAUCUGUGUAUCCAAGUAAAAUUUCCCAAGAAUACCGUGUGGAAGAUGAGCAGGAUAUGACAUCUGAUGAGGAAACAUCUGAAGAAAUCCAUGAAACUGAUACCUCAAAGAAAACAGCACCUCAGUUUAGUUCCAUUCUGUCAGAGGAAGCUACUUAUUUUGAAAUCAGCAGGCGAGAGCAGUUCAUGACUGUUGGCUCACCUGAAAAAAUUGAAUUUAAAACACCGGCCAAAAGCGAUGGUCUUAGUUUUAGUGCCGAUCCUUUUUUAGUAUCUAGUGCCUUGGCACAUGAAACAUCGGUGGAGAAUAUUAGAAGCAUUCCCAAAGCGGAAUCUCCCCUUACUGAGCAAUCUCCAAAACAUGUAGCCAAGGAUGACACUUCUGACCGAACUGAGGAGAAAUAUUCUGUUGAUCUUGCUGCUUUACAAGCAGAGGCAGAUGCUAAGUUUAAAGAAACUUCGCCUCAUGACUUCCAAGAAGAGAAAUAUCUGUCCAGUGAUGAUGAGAGCGAUGUUGAUGAUCAUGAUGAUGUUGACAUAAUGACAGAAAUGGAUUAUAUGUCUAAAUCUCAGAGUAUAGAUGUCACAGAUGAAAUGGAGAAAAGAUCUGAAGAUAUUACAGAUAGUGGCUUUAAAAGUGGAGCAGAUGAUGAUCUAUCAAGGAGGAGUACUGACAAAGAUCAAGUAGACUUUACAAAACCAUUUCCUUUUCAAACAUCAGAGGAACAACUUGUUAAAGAAGAGAUCUCUAACAAAGAAGUAAGGAAUGAGAGUUUCAAACAAGAAACUCGAGUCCAAGAAACUACAGUUCAUGAAGGAUCUAUUGAGGAACGUAAAGUUCUUGAUGACAUAACUCCCAGCAAAUUCACAUCAGAAUCAAAGAUUAUUGAAGAUGUCAAAGUAAAGAGAUCAGAAACUGCAACAACAGAGGAGAGUACAACCCGAUCGACCACUGUUGGUGAUGAAAUUCAAUCAAUCAAAGAUGAAACUCGUUCAGUGAAACAAAAAGAUGUAGAGUCUGAAAGUAAAAGAGAACAGGCAACUGUAGAAGAUGAGUUUCAAAAGGAAACAACUGAAGAAUUAACAACAAAAGAUGCGCUCAAAAUGCAUAGUGAACUGACUGAAGGGAAAUCUGAGACUUUUGAAGAAGAUGGCACCAAGAUAGAAAUAAGUCAAGAAAAGUCAUCUGUAUGUGAUAAGUCAUUUGAAGAAGAGAUUGAGAAACAACAGUAUGAAAAACAAUCAAAAGAUGGAGAAAUUCAGAAAAUUGAAGAUUUGGAACAGAAACUGACUGAAAAAGAUUCUAAACUGGAAAUUGUCACUGAUACUGUCAGCAGAGAAGAUGAUUUCCAAAAAGAAAUUAAAAAAGAAGUAGCUGUAAAGGAUGAGUCCAAGCUGAGCAUGACAAUCACUGAUGACUUGAUGGAAAUUGAUAAAACAGACAAAAAGUUCAAAUCUCAAACAUCUGAAAUUGAGGAGAAUGUACAACAUGAAGACACUUUCCACAAAGAAGUUGUUGAAUUAAAAGAACCUGAAACAGCUAGAGUUCUUGAAGUAAUUGAAGGAGAAGAUUCUGGGGGUGAGAGCGACCAUUCUUUCAUUGAACAUAGUGAUGAGGAGAAUGAGCAAAUAGAAGCUUUAACAAGGAGUGGUCAUUUAAUGAGCUCAACAAGAAUGGAAGAUCUCGUUGAAGAAGAAAUUGAUGAGACUGAAGUUGAAGACCAAUUUAUUGACAGACGAGAAUAUUUUGAAUAUCAACAAAGGGACACGAUUGACUUCAGAAUUGUUCAUAGAAAUGGUGGGCCUGAUUUUAAUACCACCGAUAGGUUUCCGCCUUUACACCCAGACAAAGAUGUAACACCAGUUCUGAAAGGUACAUUGAAAGACAGUGAUAUCCCUUCAAAGAGCCAACAACCUGUUCAACCCCAAGAAGAUCAGAUUCCUUUUUUAGGGAAACAGGAAACAGUCCAGGAAAUAACCGACACUAAAACCAGCACAUUGACCAAUGAGAAAUCAACUAUUGGACAGAGUACUGGGCUGUUUCCAUCUGAAUCUCUAAAAGAAACCGAGAAAGUGUCACACAAGAUCGCUACUGAAAAAGUGAAUUUUACUGAAGAUUUCACUUCAUACAACUCCCACAUAACUGAUGACUAUACGAAUUACUCUUCUGACUUCUCCUCUUAUCACCGUGAUGGAAGUGGUUUGGGUACCCGUAACAUCCUUGUCCCAUCUUCUUCCACCGAAGCACAGGAACGUUCAGCUACUCCCAGUGCAAGCGAUGAUGACAGUUCUGGUGAGUACUAUUCAAGUGAGCGCAUAAAAAAACUGAGGGUAAUUGAUCAAAUGACUGAGAGUAUUGAGUACCCAUUAAAAGACAAGACAGACAAAGACUCCAAUGGCAGACCACUGUCACCCACUGAAUACACACUCAUGACUGAAUCUCAAUUGGAACUUCAUGAGGCACUUCAGUCUGUGGUUGAUGAUCAAGACAUAAUGACUCAGUCAAUGAUCGAGUCCCAUGAAUCAUUGACCCAAUCAAUGAUUGACCCGAUGACACAAUCCCAAAUCGGAGAAGAGUUCAGACGUUCUCUUGAUUCACAGUCUGACAUUGAUGGUAGAACGAGUAUCGAUGCAUCACAACAGAUGUUCAUUGACCAAAGCAGAGAAGCCGAACUUGAACAAGAAGAAGACUUCGUUGAAUCUGACCUGAAAAAGGGUGAAGAGAGACCACCGUCCCCAUCAGAAUUCACACUAUUAACAUCCCUUGAGCAGGAAGAACUUGCCAAAGCUCUUGGGUUACAGGAUAAUGGUUUAACAGCAGUUGAGAUUGAAGAUGAGUAUGAAUCAGUAAAUAAAGACCGAGAUGAAACUAGUCAACAGCUUGCUCAACAGCCAUCCGCUACCACACGAGAUGAUCAGUUCACCACAGAUGCUGAUCUAAAAGGUAUUGACAAACAGGAGAUCAUAUUUGAGCAGAUGGUUGAACAAAUUGUUUGUGAGGGAAACAAAAUAUCGAUGCCUGAUUCCACGUUACAAGAUGAAGAUUCUGUUUCCACUGAACCAGCGUUGAUGUCAUCAUCUCAGUCUAGAGACAACAAUACGUAUUCUAGUAUCAGCAGUUCUGAUUUUGGCGAGCAAGUAGCUGCUGUACAAUCUCAGCAACCCUGUAGAGAAGACAGCGGCUCUGAUGAUCGAGCUCUAACUGAAGAAGACUUUGAACGCAUGAUGUCCAGUUAUGAAAAUGUUUAUGAUGGGGUGCAACUCGCUCCUGAAGUCAGCAAGUUAGCCAUGAAUGCCAGUGAUUUAGACAUUGGAGAUCGUUUUGACACAAAGCAACUUGACCUACAUCUUCAGCCAACUGGACGCUCUUCAAGUUAUGAGCAGCUUUACAAAGAAACAGGCAAAGAGAUUGCUGAAACAAGUGAACAAGCCGAGCAAGUUGUUUAUUCCGCAGAGUCGAAAGAUAUGCCUCGUACUGACCAGCAUGAUGUCCAGCGAGAAUUAAUAACGGCUGCGAAGGAUGAGGAGGAGAAGGAGGAGGAGGAAGAGGAGGAGAACCUCAGCUCCUCCAGUUCCGAAGUAGCCCAAGUUGAAGAUGUAGAUUUUCUGCCAGAUGCCGAGAUGCGUGACACCAGUGAAGAAAAAACAGAAGAAACGGAUGUGGAAGAGCAGUUCUCUCCCCUUCCUAAAAGUUCUCCUGCUUCUAAAGGUGCUCUUGAUCUUAGGUUAGAAGACAAGUUCUUUUCGUUCACCCAAUCCCCUGUGGAGUCCCCAGCUGCUGAAAUAGCAAAUGAGAUAUCUCCAGCUCAAGAUCUCCUUGACGUCAAAGACAUGCAAAUAACUGUUGGCCUAUCACCAUCGGAGAUUAAUGCUAAGUCCAAGCUGGGAUCUCUUUCAGAAUUCUAUGAAACAAAAACAACUGAAGACUUCAAAACAAUGUCAAAAAUUAUCUCCUCAAAAUCCCCCAGAGUAGAAUAUGAGAAAGAUACUGGUGAAUCUUUCAACAUCCCUAAGAUUUCAACCGAUUCUGAUACAACUGAGGAAAGACUAGAGCUUGAUAAUGUAACAGAACAAUCUGCUACAUCAUUAAUGUCUGAAGAACAUGAUGGAACCGAAGAUGACUAUAAAAGAGAAACACCUGAAGAAAGAGCGGAACGUUUAUCUUCCAUGGCCUUUGAUAACAUGGGUUUUGCUGGUGAAGAUGUUGUCGACAGUGAAAUAAAGACACACUCUGAUGACUUCUCUGAAGAGAGUCCAAGUCUUGCUGCCAAAGAAAUAUCUCCAGAAGAUCUUGAAGAGAAGCCUCAUCAAUUUGACUUCCCAGCUGUCCAUCAAGAAAUAUGGCAGAUGGGUAUCCAGGCACUGGGGAAAACCAAAUUAUCAGAAGAGAAUGAGAUGUUUUCCAGCUCAAUGAAAUUUGAAGAAGUAACACACAAGGUCUCAUUUGAAAAAGAUGACGAUGAGGAGAGUGGUGCUGCAAUGUAUUCUGAGAGUGAAGAAACCUCCCGUUCAGAAAGUGGAGAUACUAAAGAUCAGAACUCUUUCCAAGAAUCUAUCCAAAGAUCUAAAACAUCUGAUGGCCAAUUUGAAGCUACCUCAGAAAUAAGAACAGAAAAAACCAUUGUAACAUCAUCCCGAGCACAAGUCUCUUUGUCAGAGAGUCAAAGUAAAAUGAUAACUGAAACUAAGGUCUAUCAAGCAAAAGAACCCAGUGAAGAAAUUCAACUUACCGGACAUGAUGCCACAGAGAAAACAGCUAGACUUCUUACAACCACGGCUAGUGAGCCCAUUAUUUCUCAUCCAUUCGAUCAGUCUACAGUGGAAACUAUAUCUCCAGAGGCCAGUAGUUCUGACAGUGAAGGUUUCUAUGACAAAGAAUCUGGCAAGAAGUUACCUUGGGAAACUGUCCACCAUUUCUCCCGACAGUUCUCUGAUAAUUAUCUUGAACAGCAAGAAAAACAAGGAAUAGUUACUGUGCAGUCAGUUGACAUGGGAGUAUUUUACCGGAGAAGUAGCAAAGACUAUUCAAACGUAACAUUUAGUGAACAAGAUAUCUCUGAGUCUAUUGCUGAAGAAGAAGAAGAACCCCCAAAACGGGUUACCUUCACGCUUUCGGAAGAUUUGGAAGAGUUUCCAUCAGAAGUAGUUACAGGUUCGGAUGAGUCAAAACAUGAUGAUGAAGUUGAACAAGAAAUUAGGAAACCAGAUGAUAUCUUUGAUGAGUCCGUCAAAGAUCAAAUUGUAGUCAAGACAGUAAAAAAACAACCUACUGCACUAUCCAAAGUAGAUGCUGUUGUUAUCACAACAUCUAAGACAGAAGAACCUAUUGUCACAACAUCCAAGAUGGAAGAACCUGUUGUCACAACAUCCAGGACAGAAGAACCAGUUGUCACAACAUCAGAAGAACCUGUCGUCACAACAUCCAAGACAGAAGAACCCAUUGUCACAACAUCUAAAACAGAAAAGUCUGUCUUCUCAAAAUUCAAGACAGAAGAACAUGUUACAUCUUCUAAAGGCGAGGAACCUGUCAUCACUACAGUGAAGACAGAACACAUAACUACAACAUACAAAACUGGAGAACCUAUCAUCACAACUUCCAAGAAAGAAGAGUCUGUCAUCAAAACCUCUAAAACAGAAGAACCUGUCAUCACAACAUCAAGGACAGAAGACAUUACUAUAGCAUCCGAGGCUGAAGAACCUGCCAUUGUAACCUCCAAGACAGAAGAACAUGUUACAACAUCAACAACUGAAGAACCUGUCAUUACAACAUCUAAAACUGAAGAAUAUGUUACAUCUACAACUGAAGAACCUGUCAUUACAACAUCUAAAACUGAAGAAUACGUUACAUCUACAACUGAAGAACCUGUCAUUACAACAUCUAAAACUGAAGAAUACGUUACAACAUCUAAGACUGAAGAACCUGUCAUUGUAACCUCCAAGACUGAAGAACGUGUUAUAACAUCUACAACCAAAGAACCUGUUGUCACAACAUUCAAGACAGAAGAACAUGUUAAAACAUCCAAAACUGAAGAAUGUGUCAUCACAACAUCUAAGGCAGAGGAACCUGUCAGUACAACAACAGAGACAGAAGAACAUGUUACUACAGAAUCUGAAAGUGAAGAACCUGUUGUCACAACAACCAGGACAGAACGUAUCAUCAGAACAUCUAAAAUUGGAGAGCCUGUCAUCACAACAUCAAAAACAGAACAUGUUACGACAACAUCUAAAACUGGUGAACCUGAUGUUACAACAACCAAAACAGAAGAAUUUGUCACUACAACAUCAGAACCUGGAGAACCUGUCAUCACAACCUCUGAAACUGGUGAACCUGUCAUCACAACAUCCAAGACAGAAGAACGUGUCAUCACAACAUCCAAGAGAGAAGAACCUGUCAUCAGAACAUCUAAGACAGAACAUUUCACUGUGGAUUCAAAAGAAAAAUUUGACAUACCAACUGCCAAAACAGACCAUGUUACUACAACAACUAAGUCAGCACAUGUCACUGUAACUUCCACUGUAGAACAUGUCGUCAAAACGUCCAAGAAAAAAGGUGAUAUUGAAGAAGCUGAGGAACAUGUCACCAUAACAUCUAGGGAAAAACAUGUUCCAGAGGAACCUAAAGCUGAGGAAGAGUCUGCAGUGGAAGCCAAGAAAGAUAUCCUUGAACCAUAUGACAGGAUGUCUGGAGAAUAUGAAGCUACUGUUUUGGCUAAUAUAAUGGAUGACCAUUCUUCAAAACAAGAAAAAACAUCUGAAUCACCUGAAGAAUUAUCUAGAGAAGACACUUUAAAAGAGAAAGAUCUUGAGUAUGAAAUGGUCUCUAAGAGUGCUACUGACUUGGCUAGUCCUAGUGAAAGUAAGUCUUCAGACCUUUCAUUAGAUCUUUCAUCAGAAAAACUUCCAUCAAAAGAUAAUCUUGAUGAAGAACAACAACAACAACUUCGACCAAAACCAGACAGUGAAGAAGUAUCACCAAAAUCAGGAAUAAUCGGUGUUGUAAGUAUUGAAUCUCGGAUGGCCCAAAAAGAAUUAUUACAGGAGUCAGCAGACGAGAAGGAUCGCUCCCUUUCACCAUCAGUUGACAGUGAUGAAUUAUCAACCACUUAUGAAAGCCAGGCAGAACUACAGGAAGAACUCUGGUCUGAAAUCCCCCCUGUUGAUCGCUAUCCUGGCCCUGCCAGAAGGAAGCAUUAUGCUGAUGGUGAAUCCUCAGAAACUGAGAAAGAAUCUCCUGAAAUUGAACUUUCUCCUAUUGCUGAAGCACCAGCCUCUAAAACUGACUCCGAGGAGCAAGAAGAGAGUAAGAUGACAGCGCAAGAUAGAAGGGUAACAUUUCUAUCAGAAGAGAGUAAGGAGAAGCUGAGGCAAUCUAUUUCUAAUGAAGAUUUAGUUAAAACAUCGACCUCUUCCUCUGAAGUAUCCAACGAACCAACUUUAUUAGCUGCUUCAUAUGAUUUGGAUUCAGGGCAUGUUUCACACAUUGUGACAGCUUAUGACAUGUCUCCAGACACCAUUGAGAGUCAGGUGCCACAUCCACCGGCACCUAAGGCUAUUCUUUCGAGUCCUGAAGAUGACGUGUUUGAAGUUGAACCUACUGUGGGAACUUCUCGCAUCGACGAGCCUUGCACUGAGCCAGAUUCUGAGAAGAGUUAUACCGGGCCUCAGUCUGAGGUCAUCAUUAUAGAAGACAUUUGCGUCAGCAAAGACAAAACGGGGUCGGAGUCGACGGAAUCUUUACCGCCAACUCCUGCACCGACGCCGAAAGAUGCAACCACCAUCAAAGAUACCGUUUGUAAUCUUCAAGACGCAGCCAACAAGCUGCAGACCGAAGGUCUCUUUGAUCGGCAGUUUGGAUCUGUAAGCAGUGAAACUUCUGAAAAACGUCCUUCAAGUUUUGAAAAGGACCUUUCAAAAGACGAAAGCAGUGAUGAUGAUGAUGAUCAUGGCCAAUCAUUUGAAAUGGUUUCACCAACUGAAAUUAUUGGCUAUGAUCAGUAUGCUGCUAAAUAUUUACAAGGUGGUAUAGCGGGAUGCAUUGAAACAGCAAGUUUGACCGCUUCAGUGGAAUCCCUCUCUACAUCCGGAAGUAGUUUUGCUGACCUCAGAGCUAGUGAGCCCACAAGUAUGAAGUCUAGUUUAGAAGAGUUUGCAAGUGCUACAGCUUUUGUUGAACCAUCAGCACCUCCAAUGGAAGAAGUAUGUAAGAUCCCCAGUUCUCACACCAUGAAACCUGAUACCGAUUCCUCACCAGAUCAGUCGCUUUUCAGCAGUAGCGAUGCUUCAGAGAAAGGGGCAGCCACUAUGGAUAUUGUUGCCUCCAGUGUUGCAUCCCCAGGUGCAUGCCGUCCUGAUUUGUUGCCCUCUGACUCUUUUCAAAAGAGUUUGUCUACAGAGGAGAUCAGUGAAACUGAAAAUAUCGAAGACAUUGCUGCCGACAGAAUCUCCCAAUUACCAAAUGGUCCUACAGAGGUAGAUUUUCAACCAGACAUUGACUCUGUGUCAUCUACUGUUAAAACUGUGGUGCCUGCAGCACCACCAGAUUUGGUUCAGUCAUCACCCUCAUAUGUUAUGGAAGAAGAAAAAUCACAGCAGGAAGAUGUUGCCAUAGAACUAGAAGACAAUCAAAUAUCGGCUGGUUCUGAUGCUGCUGUCAGAGAUGUCAUGACCGAUAGCUUGAUAGAAGAUGUGAAGUUGUCGGCUGAGCAACAGGAAGUCUUGGUAACGUCAGAUCAGACUUUAUAUGAACUUGAAAUGCCAAUGGAGGAAGAAGCUUCCCCUAUUGAACAAGUUGGUCCAACAUCAGCUACUGUUUCCAUAACUGAAACCACGUCAUCUGUGGUGGUUAAAACAGAAGCCCCUACACCAAUGGAAUUUCAUGAAGAACAACAGUGUGAGGUAUAUCCAGCUGAAAUGGUAGAGUCUGGAUCUCCAACUGAAAUUAUUGGACUGGAACCAGUGUUAGAUGACCUUGAAGAACAGCCAUAUGAGUUGAAGAAAGAUGAAAUUUAUCCUGGUAAAAGAGCACUUGAGUUUGAUGUGUCUAGCUAUGAAACUUUGUUAGAAGAAAGCAAAGAAAGACAGCAAGAAGGAGAGACUAGUGCGGUAGAGGUUAGCCAUCUAAUUAGAGAAGAUCAGAGGAUUAAUCUGGAUGAUACUGAUGAAGAAACAGUUCAGUUUUCGGAUCAGCUAAAAUCCGAUCAUGAUGCAAGUUUUGUUCAUACUUCAGAAAAAGUGUGUACAGACAUGGUAGAAGAAGAAUUUAGUGAUUUAAGUAAAGAUGCUUCUUAUGAGCAAGUUGAACUGGCUGAAAGUAGUCUAGAAUUUGCUGAGAAAGCUGAAGAAGAACUUGAAGCAUUAGCAGGAAAAACCCCAGAAAUAUCAUUUGAACCAACUAAAGGGGAACAAGAUUUGGACAGACCCAUAUCCCCAACACCCCAGGAUUCUCAAGAAGGUGUCCUCAGUGAUGAUUAUGAGAAGGUUAGUGCUAGUAUUAGCACAGAAGAACUAGAGAAAACAGCUACAGUGUUUGUAGACUCUGUUCUUGAAGAAGCCUCCAAAGUUCAGGAGAAAGUCCAGGAAUUCCCUGAACAAACAGAAGCUGAAAAGCCAAUCGAUGAAACAACUCUUGAUGAUAGCAAGGACUCUGAAAAAAUGCUUGCUUUCUCAUUUUCUGAACAAUUUGACCCAUCAAUGAUGUGUCGGUCACAACCAGCUUUUUUCUCGGCGCCACCUCCACCUUCCCAUCCUCCUCCUUUCACAAAACAGGGGGAUGAUGAUAUGCCCGAGAUCACCAUCACAGAACACCUACACAAGAGUGUUGACAAAGAUGACUAUCCAGCUGGCUUUGUUCCAUCACAUAUGCCAGACUCUUCCUCUGAGCAGGAAGACAAAGAUGAUGAAAAAGAAUCUGGAGAUGAUAGUCCAAAGGGUGAAGGAAUGUCCUAUUUUGAAAUGAUUCAAGAUGAAAUGGAAUUCGAAUCAGAAGAGACCGAAAAGAACGGAGUGUCAUCUCAUGAAACUAGUUCUUCGGCAUUCAUUAUCGCUGAUGCUCAUUCCGGUUCAGCAAAAACAUUCACCAGUGAACAAGAACUUGAAUGGAAUGUGCAGAAAUUUUCUGAAACUCCUGACAAAGUACCAACCACUUCUUCGUUUGAAGACUCCUUUUCUCUACAAACUAAAACUGAGCCAGUUCCUAUCAGUUCUUCAAAACAAUUCCAAAGAGAUUCUGAAACUAAAGAUUCUUCUAAGAAUGGUUUCCUUGGAUUUGAGCCUUCGGUCAUGCACGCCGCUGACAUUCUGAGCCCCGAAGAUAUUGCUGAUACAUCAAGUGUGGACAGCUUUACAACAGUCGUUGGUGUAGACCAAGAAGGGGACGAGUGUGACGAUGACCGUUUGGCUGAUGUGGCGUCUAUGACCUCAUCAAUCCAUUCCGACAUUUAUUCAAUGCACACUGAACCAGAAGAAGAAGAACCAUAUGACUGGCCAUUAUUGACAGAAGAGGACAAAUCAGGGGAAUCUUCUCCAUGUAGCGAUCGUUUUGAGAUGAUUGGGAAGACUGCUUUAUCGGUGAUAUCUGAAAAGUCUGAUGAAGAUCGAUUUGAAAUGAUAGAAAAAGAUGAACUGGAAGCACUCUCUGACAGCCAUUCUAGUAGCAAAACCUCACCAGAAAUGAUAUCUGCCUCACCUGGUACUGUGGGUCACACCCAUGGCUAUCCAAACAUACGUUACGCUGGCAGAAGUCGGGACAAAGAUGAUGGGUCAGCUGCUUCUUCUGUUUCUUCGUCCUUGUUAGAAUUUGAACGGUUAGAAGGUGAAAUAGGACAAUUUGGCUCGCUUGGAUCAAAUGAAGCCCACAGCCUGCCUAGCUCUUUUGACAGUCGAAACUUCCAUUGGCGAGCAGCUGAUCGAGAUGAUGUGUCAGUUGCCUCUUCAUUAGGAGAAUUUGAACGUCUAGAGCGACAGAUUGCACUCGGAGGUUCGAUUGGCUCGUUUAGUUCAAUAGACAAGUUGAUGCCAUCAGGACAAGGUAGUGCAACUAAUGGAUCGAUGUCAUCACUGGCUGAAUUUGAAAACCUCGAAAAAGAGUGCACUGGGGGUGGAUACUCCAGUUCGGGAGAUGAUCGCCACAGUUCAUCAAGUGGCCAUAGCAAACGCAGUGCAAGUUCAUCGCUUGCCGAAUUUGAACGACUAGAACAAGAAAUAGUCAUAUCUGAAGAACUUGCUGCCGAAGCCAAGAAAAUAGCGUCAAUAUUGGAAUCAGGGGAGCUGCCUGAAUAUCCAGAAAGUGAAAGUUUAGGAAGUUCAUAUCAAUCAAAUGGUCACAUGAGGGAUGUACCUGAAAUAAUAGGUAAUUUUGAUAUUGAACAGGACUCCAUAGACGGAGACGACAUUGAUAAGGAUUCACUUAGCUCUGAAGAACCCAAGAUGCAAGAUGUUAGUCAAGUGGCUAAAGAAGAAGACGACGAUAUAGACUCAUUGGACGGAGAUAGCAAAGAUGAACUUACUUCUAGUGUCAUCUUUGUCUCCAAUGCAGAAAUACAAGAUUCCAGUGAAAUUGGUCAAUUCGACUUUGAUCGAGAUUCUCUGCAAGGAGAUGAUACAGCAAUGCAAUUUUCUGUAGAAUCUCUGCAGUUAGACCAAGAUGCUUCAUUUGAUAUGCACAGUUCUGUUGAUUCGUUAGAAAUAAAAGACAAAUUUAGUCGAGACAUGCAAAGCUCAGCCGAUUCUCUAGAACUGAAAGAAAGAAUGAGCAAAGAAAUGGUAGACUCGACAGAUUCUUUGGAAUUUAAAGACACUGUGAAAGAUACUGAUAAAUUUGAAACAGAUUCACUGGUUGAUCAAGAUGACAUCAUGCAAACGUCUUCUGAUUCACUUGAUGCUUUUCCUGCACUAACACACCAAAACAUCAUGGAAGCUUCUUUGGAGUCUGCUCGUUGGAGUCUAAGCAGCUCUUACUUUUCCCAUUCCUCACAAGAAACAUUACGAUCUGAAUCUCACAGUGACUCAAGCCAUUCGAGAGAUGUCAUGCAAAUGUCUGCAGAAUCUGUAGAUUUUGAAAAAGAUAGAAGAUUUGAAGGUUCCGAUACCGAAAUGGAGUACAAGACGGUAUCAAGUAAGACAUUAACAUCAUCUGCUUUAGAUCCCGAAAUCCGCAUGAUCACAGGAAUAUCUCAUCCCAACAAUCCUUUCUUAGAUAAUGAAGGCAAUGUUAGGACAGAUCUGGGGUAUCCGGGCCACUUUAGAAACAAAUAUGAAUAUUCAAAGUUUGACAAAGAAGGGAACUACCGUUGGAACACAGAGUUUGAAGAAACAACCAGAAACAACACAUACCUCAACUGGGGUCCUUAUCAAGAGAAAAAGAAGGUUUACACCAUGACAGAAUGGGAAGCCAUGCGCAACGCUAAAAAGAGAAGUGCUGAUAAUGAAGAACUUGGCGGGGACAGUGAACAAGUGUCUGUGAUUCCUGAUAAUCACUUUGCCCAACUUAACAACAAAGAAGCCUCUUCUAACCUUCCUUCUGAGCACACAACUUCCCACCCUAGAACUUCUUCACCUCCUCCUUCUACCGUUUUACGGCCUUCUUCUCCUGUUUCCUCUACUACUACUGCUACUACUACUACUACCACCACUACUACAUAUUACUCCUCUUCCAAUUCCUCCUCCUCUUCCUCAACCUAUCAUGCUGCUGUGACUCGGCCUGACUCCAGCUCCACCAGUCAAACUGCUGCUACCUCCGAUCCUCUGCUAUACGAUCACAGUAUGUCGGACACUACUACUACUACUACUGUCCAUAAAUCCAGUAGAGAACACACAGAUUUGCCACAACAGAUGUCCACUGAAGAAUCACAGAGCAAGACAGAAGACCGACGAGAUUCCGAUGUGGCGCCUGAUGCCGAAACUGAGGACAGUGCCCAAGCUACCAGCCUAAUGAUGAAGAAAGAAAUUCACAAAAAGACAUACAUGCGAGACGGACGAGAAGAAACAUUUAUUCAAGAAGAGUCUCGUGUGGAACAACAGAAUGAAACACCAGAAGAAUUGCGUGAAAGCAUGCAGCAAAUUAUUGACCAGUUUAUGCAAACUCCAAGUGAAUUUGACCAACGACAGUGUCUGGAAGACGAUGUCUAGCUUCCAGUACUGUUGUCUUCUAGCAAUUUACUCCAUCCUUAAAAAUAAAAACAUCUUCCCCUACCCUCCUCUCUCAUAUCAAUGAAGACAUCUCUGGAUCUCCUUAAUACCCACCCCAUCUCCAUCUAUCUAUCUCUGCUGCUUUGACUGCAAAAAUCUUUGCAAACUUCCAACAUGCUUUGUGCAUCAUUCCAAGUUAAGUGCAAAUCCUCUUUUCUCUCUCUCCCUCCCAAUUUUUCUCUACAUUAUUCUUAUUUUCAUUUUAACAAUUGUUUGUUUUGUUUGAUAUCAUCUGAAAUCCUUCUUCCUUAAACCCCCACAAAACUGUCUCAUUUUAGUUAUCUUUGCCCUUUUUUUUUUUUUUUUUUUUUUUUUUUUUUUUUUGUAAUUUUUGUUUUGAUGAUUGUUUUUGCUCUCGCAGAAACAUCUAUAUAUAUUAGAGCAAUGAUUUUUUUUUUUAACCUAUCUGAUAAUUUGAAAUUUUAAAGAAUUGUGUAAGUUUUGCUAACCAUUUUGUUCUUCUUUUGUCUGAAAACUCUUGACAAUAUUUAUUUAUAUCUGAAUUCUUUCUUGCCUUAGUUUACCCAAGUGUAUUGGGGAUUUCUUUAAAAGGAACUCGAAUCUCAAAGCUUCCCACUCUCUAGUUCUCUUAACUCACUUGGAAGGAAAACUCUGAAUAUUUAAAACUUAAUGUCCAUUGAUAAUUAAUGACUUUCUUCUAAGAUGUCUAAGAUAUGCUUGGAAUUAAAGAGACUUUCUGUCCAUCACUAAAGGACCUUAACAGUCCUUACUAGGAAAAUAAGUGACCUUUACUUAAUUCAAAUGACCUGAACUAGUGUGUUUUUUUGUUUUUACUUUUUAAAUUCCUAAACAGCUGGUUUAAUCCAUUACAAAUACAAAAUAACUUUGUUGUUAAUGUAAUUUUCGAAAGAUAUUUUAAUUUUUUUUCUUAAUGGAAAACAAAAAACAACAAAACCUCUUAUAGUUCUCUUCAUAUUUGCAAUAAUUAAUAUGAUGUUUGACGAGGAAUAUAGGUGUAAAUUAUAUAAAUUUUGUAAAACCUUAAAACUGAUAACUUUUCUACUUGAAACAAUAGCAGCCUAUUUUAAACCCUGCUGCAAUGUGACCUUAUCUGUGACCUUACUCUCAUUCCAAGAUUUCCCUUGACAAAAACAAAAAAAAUAAUUAUAAUACAAACCCUAUUUAAAUCUGAAAAUUUUUCGUGUAACCCUGACAUACAAGAAAACUCCUGAUACAAAGACAAUAUUUCCUAAGAAGUUUAAACAACAAAAUUUUACAAACAAUAGACAAAAGAAAAUGACAGAACUGUUUCAGCGACCUAAUCUAAAAGCCAACACUACUGUAAAAGUUCAUGAAAGUCAAGAAAGUGGCCAGAAGGAACUGAAGAAGACAGGUACAGUGAGAAGCCCCUUAGCUGUAUAAAACAUCUUCUAAUUUCCUUACUGGAACAUUCUCUUGCAGCAUUAUAUAUAUUAAUGUUGUUUAAGUAAAAUAUUAAUAUGCUACACACUUCUCUAUUUCCUCCAUCACUGGCUUUUCAACAUUUUCUGAUAUCAGCCAUUAUCCAGAACACGGCUUGCUCUUCUACUCAGGCCAAUCUCUUUGAUAAUAUAGAUAAGAGAAGUAUUUCAAGAUAUAUGAAUACAAAAACUGAAAAAGAAUAUCUAAUAUCUAAUACUACUAAUAAUACUAAAUACUUUUACAGUUAGUUGCUCUAUUUGUAUGGAUGUAUGUAUGCAUGUGUGUGUGUCUGCAAAUGUAUGUUAAACAGUUCUGAAUUUUGAACAAGAAAAUAACUACAACAGCAAACACAACAAUCACAACAAUGAAUCCACGCUCUGUAUGCUAACUAAACUAUGCUACCUUGAGUCAAUAUUUUGAUGCACUCAUUAUUUAGUGUUUCGCUUUAACAGCUGCUUAACAGUUUUCUAUUUAAUAUUAUAUCUGUUUCACUACAGUACCAAACUGUUCAAAGAAACAAUAAUAUAUAUCUAAAGAAACAGAAUAAUUAAUAUAUCAACAAUUCCUAAAUGCAAUCAAAUUUUCAAAAUAAGGCCCUAAUUUGCUUACAAUAUAAGCUAUAUCUUUUUUCAGCUAAGCUAUUUUCCCUGCCCAUUUCUCUUUGUUUACUUCAGACCUGCCUAAUGUCACUUAUGCUUAUUGUAAUAAUCUCAAGCUAUCUUUAUAGACAUACUCCUCUUUCUCUUCUCCCCCUUUCUCUCUCUCUCUCUCUCUCUGGGACUGCAAACUUUCUAAUGCACUCUGGGAAUAAAGGCUCUGUAUUUUCUCACUCUUAAUUACUAGGUUUGUAAUGUUUGUGGAGAUGUGAAUUUUUUCUUGUCAAAAAGAAAUAAUAUUAAUAAUGAUAAAAAAAUAUUAAUAAAAAUAAAAACAGCUUCCAUAAGUCUCA